UACUUGAAAGUGCAUUCCUACAUUCACAUUACCUGCUCCGGCCCAGAAUGCUUAAGGCAGAGACUAGAGCUGUAACUGAAGGAAGCAGAGUAGAUGUUGUUUCUAGUUUCUUUUCCUCGCGGACAUUUUGUUGUGGAAAAACCUAAAAACUUGCUCUCUCUCUAACCAAAUUAGCAGCCGUUAGUGUUGAGAAGCUGCCAGCUGAGGUUAGAGUGGUGUCUGUGUAAGAUUAGCUGUAGCAUGGAACUGUGCUGAGGAGACCAUGUGACUGCAGUGUACAUUGGAAGAGGAAGCUGUAGAGGUCAAUGCAAAGGCAUUGUGCCAGAGUCUGGCAACAAGGGAGAUUGCUGUAUGGCGGCAGAUCGCUUUUCAGACUCCUAACGCUUCCAUUAACUGUUGGGUGUUGGACAGAAGCAUCCCUGUUAGAUUAACAACAGAAAUUUAAGGAUGGAAUAACUUGUUUGUGAUUGGUUUCAGUUGUAGAUGGAAAGAAAAACUGAUCUUUCCAAAUGCUUUAUAGGUUUUAUUAACCACCGCUUGUGGAUCUUUCACUGAAUCAACCUUUCUUGGGAAUGGAAAUUAUUCUGUUUAGAGGAGUUUCAAGACAACAUGCUAUUAAAAGAAAAAAAAAAGUCGAAUGUUUCCAGCUAUCUCUGCAUCAGCGUGUUCUCAUUUGCAAAGCUCUUUUUGAGCAUUUUGUGGUUUAACUGGAAAUUUAAUUUAUAUUUUUUCCACCUUCAAUACAAAGAGACAAACAGCCUCAAAUUGUGGGUUGAAGGUUAUUAAAAAAAAAACAACAAGACAAAUAAAAGCCCAAGGAGUAUAGAGAAGGCCAUUUGCAACAAUCCAAAGUAUCUGACUAUCGAUUGGCAAUCCUGGGUGGGCAGUAUUGCCUUGGACAAUUUGUUUUAAUUUGUUUGUUUAAUAAUGUUUUGUAAUUGAUUUUAUGGAGACUGAAAAUAAUGGAGUCUAUAAUAAUUUGUGUUUGAUUUAAAAUUUUUGUUUUUCCAAUGUUUGUCAAGACCUCCUUUGAAUUGAUACAUUCUCAGGUUAUUUUUGUUUUAUUAGCAAUUAUUCUACAUCUGACUUUCUGCAGGCUGAUAUAAAGAAAGGAAACUUCCUUUAUAAGCUGCUUCUUUGUUUUUAAUUUCCAUCUGACGUGUAGUCAGCAGCAUCGUGGGAGAGGAGAAGAAAAGGAGAGAUUUUUAAAAAAUGUAUUUGGGAAUGAAGGACUCAUAUUUUGAAAUGGAGCAUAUCUGGAGUCUAGGCAGCUUCUUGGCUAGCUGUGAUUUUUUGAAGUAUCUGAAAUACUCCAAAGGUGGAAAAAUCUCUAUCCCUGCUUCAAAAUGCUGCUGAAAUUCCAGAGUGGGUACUGUUUGAUGAGCGUGAAAGGAUGCUUCACUGAUUUUCACAUUGAUUUUGGUGGUACUUCAGUGUGGUAUCACGUUUUCCGAGGAGGGAAGAUCUUCUGGUUGAUUCCGCCUACUCUGCAGAAUCUAGAACUUUAUGAAGAAUGGGUUCUGUCAGGAAAGCAAAGUGAUAUCUUUCUGGGAGACAGGGUGGAACUAUGCCAAAGAAUUGAGUUGAAACAAGGCUAUACGUUUUUUAUUCCUUCAGGAUGGAUACAUGCAGUUUAUACUCCAGUAGAUUCACUGGUGUUUGGUGGAAAUAUCCUGCAUAGCUUUAAUGUUCCCAUGCAGCUUCGCGUCUAUGAAAUUGAGGACAGAACAAGGGUGCAUGCCAAAUUCCGUUAUCCUUUCUACUAUGAAAUGUGCUGGUAUGUUCUGGAGAGAUACGUGUCCUGUGUGACCCAGCGCUGCCACCUCAGCAAAGAAUACCAGAAAGAAUCAAUGUUAAUUGAUGCCACAAGAAAACCCAGCGUAGACAGCUUCUCAUCAGAUUCCUGGUUAGACAUGGAUGAAGAAUCUUGUGAUGCUCAUACCCGGGAGGAGAAGGAAGACAAUUUGGAUAAGAAUCCAAAGUCCUUGGCUGAUGGUUCCUCCUCACCCAACAGCACACACUCUGAAGGGAAGGAUGUUGCAGGGAAAAAACAGAAAGCCACAGUAAUGAGGUACCUCAAAAGAACUUUGUCCAAUGAGUCAGAUGACAGUGUAAAGUCAACAACCCCCACAGACUAUCCCAAAACACCAACAGGGUCGCCAGCUACAGAAGUCUCAACCAAAUGGACUCAUCUCACAGAGUUUGAACUGAAAGGUUUGAAAGCCCUAGUAGAAAAGCUUGAAUCUCUCCCAGAGAACAAGAAGUGUGUUCCAGAAGGCAUUGAAGAUCCUCAGGCACUUCUGGAGGAUAUGAAGAACAUUCUGAAGGAACAUGCUGAUGACGACCAGAAUCUUGCCAUUUCGGGGGUCCCCGUGGUAGCCUGGCCUAAGAAGACCACAAAGAACAGGGCAGUUGGACGACCCAAAGGGAAACUGGGCACUGCCUCUGCAGUGAAGCUAGCUGCUAAUCGGACGACUGCAGGAGCACGCCGGAGAAGGACGCGAUGCCGCAAGUGCGAGGCUUGUCUACGUACAGAGUGCGGCGAGUGUCACUUCUGCAAAGACAUGAAGAAGUUUGGUGGGCCUGGAAGGAUGAAGCAGUCCUGCAUUAUGAGGCAGUGUAUUGCACCAGUGCUGCCUCACACUGCUGUGUGUCUCGUGUGUGGAGAAGCUGGAAAGGAGGACACUGUGGAAGAGGAGGAGGGCAAGUUUAAUCUCAUGCUAAUGGAAUGCUCCAUUUGUAAUGAAAUAAUACACCCAGGAUGCCUUAAGGUGAAGGAAUCAGAUGGUGUGGUUAACGAUGAACUGCCGAACUGCUGGGAAUGUCCAAAGUGCAACCAUGCAGGGAAAACUGGGAAAGCGUACAAGCAAAAGCGUGGACCAGGAUUCAAAUAUGCGUCGAAUCUCCCAGGCUCACUGCUUAAGGAACAGAAGAUGAACAGAGAUAAUAAGGAAGUAACAGAUGUAGCAAAACGGAAAGGGGAAUGUGAAGAAACCCCCAGGCGGAAAUCUGAUGAACAUUCCAAAAAAACCCCUGUUGAUUCUAUUUUAAGGAGAAAGUCAGAUGAUGUGCAUAUGCGAAGGAAAAGAAAAUUUGAGAAACCCCAAGAACCUGCUAUGAGAAAACGGCUAAAACUCGGUAAAGAAGAGAAACUCUUCAGGAAAAAGAGGCGAUCAUGGAAGGCUACAGAUGACCGACCUGCCAUGGCCAAACCCCUGCGGCGUUUUAAACAGGAACCCGAGGAGGAUCUGCCAGAAGCACCUCCAAAAUCCAAGGAGAGUGACCAGUCACGGUCGAGCUCUCCCACUGCGGGCCCCAGCACCGAAAGUGCUGAGCCCAAGGACAAGAAGAAGAUAAAGAUGAGGCGGAAAAGGCGGCUUCCAAAUAAGGAACUGAGCAAAGAGCUCAGCAAGGAGCUCAAUCAGGAGAUCCAAAAAACUGAGAACAGCCUUGCCAAUGAGAACCACCAACCCAUCAAAUCUGAGCCAGAGAGCGAGAAUGAGGAGCCCAAACGUGCUCUGAGCAAUAGCGAGAGACUCCACAGGUUCAGCAAAGGGUUAAAUGGGACUCCCAGAGAGCUGAGGCACCAGCUUGUGCCAAGCCUGCGAAGCACACCUAGGGUGAUUACCCGGCCACCACCUUCGCUCUCUCCUCCCAAAUGCAUUCAGAUGGAACGCCAUGUAAUCAGGCCACCCCCUAUCAGCCCUCCUCCGGACUCACUCCCCCUAGAUGACGGGGCAGCCCAUGUGAUGCAAAGGGAAGUCUGGAUGGCUGUCUUUAGCUACCUCAGUCAUAGCGAUUUGUGCAUCUGUAUGAGAGUUUGUAAGACCUGGAACAGAUGGUGCUGUGAUAAAAGAUUAUGGACCAAAAUAGAUUUAAACCAUUGUAAAUCCAUCACUCCACUUAUGCUCAGUGGCAUUAUCAGGAGACAGCCUGUAACCCUUGAUCUUAGCUGGACAAACAUAUCUAAAAAACAGCUGAGCUGGCUCAUCAACAGACUACCAGGUCUACGAGACCUGCUGUUAUCAGGGUGUUCAUGGAUAGCCGUCUCAGCACUUUGUAGUUCCAGUUGUCCUUUACUCCGAAUCCUGGAUGUUCAGUGGGUGGAAGGAUUAAAAGAUGCACAAAUGAGAGACCUCUUGUCACCACCAACAGAUAACAGGCCAGGUCAAAUUGACAACCGAAGUAAACUACGGAACAUAGUUGAGCUGCGUUUGGCUGGUCUGGAUAUUACAGACGCUUCUUUGCGAUUGAUCAUUAGACACAUGCCUCUGCUUUCCAAACUAAAUCUUAGUUACUGUAACCAUGUGUCAGAUCAGUCUAUUAACCUGCUGACUGCAGUAGGAACCACCACGCGUGAUUCCUUAACUGAAAUUAAUUUAUCAGAUUGCAAUAAGGUUACUGACCAGUGCCUGUCCUACUUUAAACGUUGUGGAAACAUCUGUCAGAUUGACUUGAGGUACUGCAAGCAAGUGACAAAGGAAGGCUGUGAGCAGUUCAUAGCAGAGAUGUCCGUGAGUGUUCAGUUUGGUCAGGUGGAAGAGAAACUUCUUCAAAAACUGAGUUAGUUAAAGGACAAGUGUGUAAAUAUUGGGGCCAGGGGUGGGGAAGGGACUAAGAACAUGUAGGGAUUUUAUUUUCAAUUGGGAAAUCAGAAAAUAUCAAAGAUUGGAUUUUACAGUCCUGUCAAGGAGAGGAGAUCAUUAAAACUACCCAUGUUAAGAAUUUCAACCUGUGCCACUUAAUUCAGUCUACCUGGGAUGUCCUGCACUGACUCUUAUGCAAAUUCAUAAGGCGACUGUUAUUGAUGAUAAAUGUUCACACCUGGAAGAAGACUGAUCUGUUUAAAGUAACACCGCAUGUGCUUGGGUAGUAUAAAUUUAAUUUCUGCUCUUCAUUUCUUAAAACAAAAACAAAAGUUGGUGUCAUUAAAGUGGACCACACACUGCAUUUCUGCCUUCUUAACACAUUUUGUUUUGUUACAUCUAACAUUAUGCAGAAAUAUUUUUGUACAAAAUUGUUUAAAAGUUAUUUAUGCAAUGUUUGAAUGCAUUACCAGUGUUUUGGUUUUGGAUUGCCAGUUUUUAUCUUUACAGUAGGCGAGAACUUAACCUAUACUUCGUAGACGAAAUAUCCAUCUGCAAACGUGCCCAGGUCAGGAAAAGUAGGUUAAUACUUUCAAUUUAAAGCAUGUUUUAAUGGAAGUUUAUAUCCUGCUUUGUAUACUUCAGAAGUGACAUAAGCAUGUUGUGGAAACAAGGUGUAAAUGAUAGUUGAAGUAAGACACUAUGCCAAGUUUUAUCUGUAUAGAAAUCACCUUUUUCUCAAAAUUUUAAAAAUUCCAAUUUCAGCUUUUGCACAUAGGAGGGUUUCACUUUGUAGCAUGAGCUCUUGUACUCAAUAUGAAAUUAAUUUAUACAGUGAGUCAAACAGUAGAAUAAAUGGUCAAGCAUAGUCUUUUUUUCCUCUUUCUUUGAAGUGUGAGUUGAGUUCUCAUUUAAGGUUUAUAACAUGGUUAUUUCCUGAUUGUAAAAUUCUGCAUUAAUAAGUGCCAUUGUUGUAAGGUGUUGUUUUCGUAGAAUUUCCUGAUGCAGUUUUACCUUUGUUGAAUUUGUAUAAACAAUUGUACAAAAACA